CUGCUCCGUCGCUCAUUUGAACCUGGAAAAGCAUCCAGCGAGUUUGCUGAACAAUGGAAAAACCCAGGCGAUGUCUUUUCGGUGCUACUGAUACUUGGCGGUGAUAUUGUGGGGCGUGCGGUAGCCCAGCUUGCCGGUUCGCGAUUAACCCCAGUGGCCUUCUCAUUCGGCUGGGUAGCUUACGCCGUUACUGCUGUCGUUUCCGCCGUUGGCGAGAACAAGCUUAUGCCGCUCCCCGAUUGCGCCUGCAAAGUCAUCAAUGGCGAUUCAACGUAUGUGCGUGACAACACAAGUUGGGUGCUAGGACGCAUCAUGCGAGAUUUCGAGGGCUGGAUGCACCCGGAUAUACGCCAAAAGGUCGAAGAGAUUUUAGACCAAAAGCGGGAGGAAUUACAAAAAGACGCUGAGGCGCGUGGAAAUGGACAGGCAGCGAAUAUCCAACGUCCUACACAAGCCGGUCUUUGUGUGUCAUUCUACAAGGCUGAAAAGGCGAGCCCGGGAAAAACACAAUUCGAUAUGGUAUACCGCAGCGGUUUUGCUACCGCCAUAUUCCAGCUUGGAGUGGCAGCCAUUCCCUGUGGUGUCUGGGGAGACUGGUCUAUACUUCUCAUCACCGCGGCAGGUAUCUUAUUGGCCUUUCUGUCGGGGUCUUUGGGUCAAUGGAAGACUGAAAAAUGGCCCUGUCGCCCCAACAGAGAAACAAAGACUGUAAUACUCACACGCGGCAAUGGUGCUCAGCAUGCUAUUGUUAUUCGCGACGCUGACAUUGUGGGACUUGACCUGGAGAGCCUUGCGGGAGGCCAGUCUAAUGUUGAUGUUUCCACUUCACUUUCUACCCGCGUGACUGUAGUGCUCCUCGCAGUGCUUUGGAUUCUACUACUGGUUUCCGCUUCUGGUAUCAAGGACCAUACCUGGUUUCUUCUUGCGGUUGGCGGCAUCGGAACAACCCAAAACAUCUUUGUUGCUGGCUCGCGCCGGGAUCCAUCAGCUUUUGGUAUACCGUUGACUUAUGAGAAGGUCAUUGCUAGGACAAAGGUAAUGCACACGCUAUUUGCGGUCGAGGAAGCGUUUCCUGGACUUGGUUUCAGUAUGCGCGAAACGUUCUUUCCUGGUGGUCAGCUCAAAGAGCACGAAGUAGAAAAAUGGGAAGCAUGCCAACAACUUCUAAAGGAAGAGAAGGCAGCUAGG